GGAUGCUGCUGCCCUGCCUUGACCAGGUUCCUGGAAAAGGAGGGAAUGGAGGGGGGAGCAGCUGAUUCUUAGAACUGAUUGAAGUUGAGUCCAUUGAGGGCAAAGGUCACGACUGCAGCUUGCCCGCUAAGGAUCUGCCCAGGGUCUGUCUGCACAGGAGUUGUCCGGUGGUGGCUCGGCUCUAUUUAUGGGGCAGUUCUCCGGGGUGAGAGCUCAUGUGCAGGCUGCAAGGAGCUGUGCGAGAGACACGGAUCUGCUCAGCCUCGGGGGCUCCUUUCCUUGCCUGCCGCUGUUACCUGGACAAGCAAUGGAGCGUGCUUUGGGAGGAGGCACGCGGAAACUCUUUUCUCUGACUUUGCCACCAGAGUUGGCUGCCAGGAGGGGGUGGAAAAUGAGCUGCUUUUCCAGUCGAAAUGGAACGGCUGUGUAACGAAACUCCCCUGACUUCUCCUGGCCUUGAAAUCUAACCCAAGCUUUCCUGCUUGGCGUUUGGAUAGUUGCCGCUAAAUAUGGAGAAGCCCAGCAGCGUCCAGACUCGAUAAAACGUGCCGGCCGGGUUGCGUUCUGGACCAUGGACUCACUGAGACACCCUGAGGUGUGAAAAUGUCGAGCAGGAACAGGGAGCUGGUGACUGACUUUAUUUCCUACAAGCUGUCACAGAGGGGCUACAGCUUGAAUGAAGUUGAGGGGGACAGCGAGGACAGGACUGAGUUGGCAGGAGAAAUGGGCAGCAUCCAAAACGGGAGCCCGUCCUGGCACCCCAGCGCCAGCCCAGUCGUCAAUGGUGCUACCGGGCACCCAAGCAUCCUCGAAGACCACGAAACCAGUCCAGGGGUGGAGGUGAGGCAGACGCUAAGGGAAGCAGGCGACGAAUUUGAACUGAGGUACCGCAGGGCUUUCAGCGACCUCACCUCCCAGCUCCACAUCACCCCCGGCACGGCGUACCAGAGCUUUGAGCAGGUGGUGAACGAACUCUUCCGGGACGGGGUGAACUGGGGGCGGAUAGUAGCUUUUUUCUCCUUCGGAGGGGCCCUGUGCGUGGAGAGCGUCGACAAGGAGAUGCAGGUCCUGGUGGGGCGGAUCACCAGCUGGAUGGCCACUUACUUGACCGAUCACCUGGACCCGUGGAUCCAAGAUAACGGCGGCUGGGAGCGUUUUGUGGAUUUGUACGGCAACGACGCAGCCGCCAAGAGCCGGAAAGGCAAGGAACGCUUCAACAAGUGGCUGUUGACCGGGGCCACCGUAGCCGGCGUCGUCCUCCUGGGCUCCCUGCUGAGCCGCAAAUAGCCGGGCCCGGACUCUGCCUCGGUCGGUGCUCCCCCACGACGGCCUGCCGAGGGACGCGCUGCAUUCUGCUCCUCAGCUUUGUGAUCAUUCCAGGGGGGAGGGAGAGGGGGGGCGCCUCUGCAUUGCAACCUCCCCAGUCCGACCCCCAGGGCUCACCUCCCCCCCCCACAACUCACAGACCUCUUCCUGGUGCCUCCGGUCCCACAGACACCUUUAACCUUAGGGCACUGUUCCCUACGCAGGGCUUUCGCCCCACUUCCAGGUGCUGUGCCCUCCCAAUCCGGCCACUCCACACGAUGGCAAUCCCUUUUACUCACAGCCCUGGUGUCCGUUUGAUUGUAUUUUGAAGGCCCCCCCCAACCCAAGGCAGACCCAGCACUUGUGUGGGUGGCUUGGGGGGUGGGGGGUUGGCUGUCAAGCAGGGUUUCCCAGGGAGGGAGAAAAGGCUCGCCUCCCCCAGCCUCCCCCUCUCUGCAUGGUGUCUUCUGAGCUCAGUGAAUUAGAUGAAUAAAGAGACUGGUUUUGUGUAUAUCUGCUUGAGCAUCUCCAGGGCGCAGAAAUCGCCUGACAGGACCAGGCAGCCGUUUGGAGGGGGGAGGAUGAAGGAUGGGGCAGAAUCUUUGGACUGAAGGGGGGGGUCAGUCAGGUGCAGGAUCCCGUGACCUGUCCCUUCCUCCCCCCACGAGCUGGCCGGGCAUGCUCCUGACGCUGCUCUCCCCCUUUCAGGAUUAUCCUCUGGGCUCAUCCUGCCCUGCCUGAAGACGCAGUGCCUGGUGCGCUCUGCCCAGGAGGAAUCUCUCGGCUCAGAAAGCAGUGUUUGGCUGCCCAGGAGCGCUGCCUUUGGGCUCCUGUUCCCUUUGCGGAAGGCUGGCUGGCUGGCCUCCCUAGCCUCUUUGAGCUUCUAUUACCCAGCCUCCCUUCUGCCCCUGCCCCUCCAAUUUGAUUCUUCCCUCAACCAAUGCCUAUUUUCUCUCUGGCUUCCACUGUGGCUGGGCCUUCCUAUUCCAACCACUGCAUUUGAAUUUUUAAGAACUGCCAUGGCACGUACGUUUUGUACUGCUGUUGGUACACGCUUGGGUGAGAUUGUCGCCGUGAUGGUGGAGACUGCGCUGCAGACACCACUGGGGCGGUGCAAGCGAGGGAGGAGAGCCCCACGGAGGCUGGGGAAGGGCCGAGUCCAGUCCCCAUCACUUUGGGCUUCUCCUUCCGCUCCUCUUGGAACAAGUGCCUCCCCUGGAGCAGGAUGCGAGCCUCUGCCCUGUCACCGGCAUCAGCAUUCCCUCAAACAGGGUCAGGCUUGCCUUUCCCUUGGCUGUCAGUUGCAAAAAGAGCAGGCGCAAGAUGGAGGGCGGAGAGCAGGGCUUGCUCUCAGGCAGAGAGGGAGAGCUGGUCCUCCGUAGCAGCCUCUGGAAGGUGUUUACGAUCGACUGCUAAUUGCUCGCCCGGCUCUCCAGGGAAUCUCUGUGGCGGCUGCCCAAGUAACUUCCAGUAAAAGCAAAAAUCAACAGCCUAUGCUGGGCCAAGCAGUGCAGAUUAUAUGGUGGGAGGGGGCAUGUUUUCCCAAGGCUCAGGGGAGGAGAGUGGGUGUCAGAAGUGGCCCUCCCCAACUCACUUAGGGGGUGCUUGCAGUGGCUUUUCUUCAGUGGAGAAAGCAAUGCUCUCCAGGGGGAAGAGGCAGAACAUUGGUCCUUGUGGAGCGAACCACUUGUGGGCUGCCUUGGCAGAGGUGGGGGGGGAGGGAUUUCCAGGUGUAGGGCAGCCCCAGACGCAAAGCCAGGCCUUGCUGAACGGAACCGCCUCAGUGCUUGGCAAUUGCCGGCCUCAUCUAGCAGUUGCUAUGGAAGCCUGGCCCACGGGGCGGGGGGGUGGGGGGGAGUUCAAAGGCAAUUGCACUGGCAGGUCAUCCCUUGCAGAGAUAACGGGGCUGUUUGCAUCUCCCUUGGGCUCUGCAGCAGCCAAGGGGGGAGAGCUGCCGGGGUUGGGGGGGGCGUGUCCAGGUCCAGGUUGUGUGCAUCGUGCCUGUCUCCUGGGAAGCACCCAGUUCUGGCCCCGCCAAAGGGUCCACCACCACCACCCCCCGCUCCUGCCUGCAGUACCAUUUUCAACCCAUCAGAGGGCCCGGCUCACCUGAAGCCAUCUUUUUGACAUGACCUGGAGGCAUCUCUCUGUCCUCCUGCAAGGCCGCCGGACCCUCCCCGCCUCCUUUCUGCCCCUCCCUGUACAGGCUCAGCUGUAUAUAUCUGAGAGUAGUUUUAUUCAGUUGUGAAUACAAUAAUACUAUUUUUGUUAACUGUAUGUCUGUAUUUAUGUGUGUUGGCUGUGCUCCCUGUCCUUCUGCGCCCCCCCCCCCCAUUAACCUAGUUUUUGCAAACAGUGCACCAGUCCCGGCAAACGAUGGAAAGCUGUGGGGACUGGACAGGGAGCGCAGGCGGCCCCACGUGCUUGGGGGCCAUCUUACCCUCUCUGCCCCCUUUUGAUUUAAUGUGUGGAUGUUGAACCUGCAACCCACCCACCCAUUUGUGUUCAGAACCCUUAUUAGAGAAAAACAGUUUGAUUUCAAGGUGGAAGUUCAUUUCUUCUAAUAAAACUGUGGUGUUUGAGUUG